AUGGUGGUGACAGGCGACGGUGGAUCCUGGGCCGGCGAGACCCCAGCGGCGGAGGGAGGAACUCAAGGCCAGCAGCGCAUGGACGACGCCUGUCUCUCGUCUCGCUGGCUGGCUGGCUGGCUGGCGAGGAGACGAGGAAGCCAGCUGAGAGAGAGCAAGCAGAGAACAACAACCAGAGAAGAGACAGCAGAGAGUCAAGAGUCAAGAGUCAAGAGGAAGAAGAAGAAGAAGAGAAGAGAGGAAGAAGAAGAAGAAGAAGAAGACAGUAAGAGAGAGAGAGAGAGAGCGAGAGAGCGAGAGAGUGACGAGAGUAAAGAGAGAGAGAGAAAGAAGAGAAAAAGCAAGGAAAAGGCGGGCUGUUAG